AGUGACGUUGCGUAGCUACUAGCAGCGUUGUCUGUUUGUGGACACUGGCGCGUCGGCGUCGGUGGAUUUUACUCAGGUUGUUGCCAACCGCCAGUAAAUCCAAGAAUAAGAAGAAGAUUUUACUCAGACGUUAGAAGCCGCGCGCUGCCCUCGACAGGUAGGACGCUGCGUCAGGUCUGUGGCUAAAGGAAAUCACCUCCGCCGGGUGUCUGACUUCAACCGUUUGGCUUUCGUGUCUGCGCUUAUUUUGGCUGCUCGGCGGUGACGGAUCACUGGAUCUACAGAAAAGUUCUCCAGGCGUACUAAAUGUUCUGCGCGUUUGGGACGGCGCUGUCAUGUUGAACCCCGGUGAACUGGAAGGCGAGGUGGACCACUCCUUUUUCGACAGCGACUGCGACGAUGGCAGUGGCGAGAAGACCGAGAAGGGCUCGAAGGCGGGAAAGCGAGGUGCGAGCGCACGUGGCAGGUUACCCGAAGAACACCCUGGACACCCCGCCGCCGAUCGGUCCCCAGGGGCCGGACGGACGGGAAGACACUCGAGGAAAACGGAAAACGACGACAGAGGCAGCACGGCCGCUCUGUCGUCGGGGUCUCUUGUACCAAACGACGCCGUCCGCGAAGGCGAAGGUGAUUCAAAUCGGCCCUCUGGAAGACCCAGUGGGGCGUUUUUGGCCCUGCUGGCCGACAUGCCAAACGGGGGGCAUAACCGGACGCCGAAUAAGACCGAAGACGGCGCCCCGGCGUUCCCUGCGACCUCAAAAAACGAGCUGUCUCACAGAAAAGCGGCCAAACCCCCUGGCCCCGCUUCAAACGAGGCGAGCACAGACGCAGAUUCGGAGAGUUCCUGCAGCAGUCAGAGGGGAGCGUCCGCCUCCUCCAGCCUCCCCAAGGCCACCAGGUCUUCCGCGCGCCGCAGAGCAAGAGGCAGCAGACGAGGCUCUGCUGAGUCCCAGCACCCAGCCAACUCCAGUACGGACGAGUCGGACGGCUCGGUGACGGACGUGAGCCCCCUCUCCUCUGCUGACUCCAGCUCGCUGCAGUCGUCCAGCUCAGAGGCCGAGGGAGAACGCCGCGCAGAGCAGGAGGAGGAGCAGGAAAGUGCGCCCUCCAGUGGCUUCAGCAACAUGCACCGAGAGGAGGACUCCCCUCCGGAUGGAGACGAAUGCUCCUUCAGACUAGAAAGUCAGCUGGAGCAUAAGCUGGCGCUGCACUGUCCCGGAGGGAGGAACCGGAAGAACUUCUCCUUCUCCAACGACGAGGUCCGACGCAUAGACGGCGAGAACCAGCGGCUCCUUCGGGAGCUGUCGCGUCUCUCUCCGGGGCCCAGGUCGGGAAAGGCUCCUAGCAGCAGAAGCAAGGUGUCCAGUAACUCUCCCGUGACCCGCCUCUCGCACAGCGCGCUGAACAGGCAGCGGGAGCAGCGCCGCAUCGAGCGGGAGAACCUGGCUUUCCUAAAGAGACUGGAGUGUGUCAAACCCACCCCCGGUCUGAAGCGCUCUGAACAACUGGCAGACCACCAGCGGCUGGCCGGGUACCCGGGCGUUCAAUCACCUCCCACCUACAGGAGCUCUUGCAGAACAUCCUCAAGUAAAUGUUUUUAAAUCAGCUGUAUAUCAAUGUGUAUAUCAACUGUUUUGAGAGCAAAUCUUUUUAUUAAUUGCGGGUACCACAGAGUUCAGUUAAAGCUAGAGCCGGCGAUUUUCCAGGGAAUAUUCCCCAAGUCCCUUUUUUGAUUAACUGCGCAUGUGCAGGACCGUCCGACCUGUCAGGAAGGAAGGACCAUUUUAUCCAUUAUAAUAAAAAUUGUUGCGCAUCUGUAGAACUUGACUGCAACCCAUUCUAGUGUCGCUGUGGUUGGAUGUUUAGUGUUGUUUUCCUGCUGGAAAUUUUCACUGAACAGCUGUACCAUGAUUUACUGAGAUCAAACACAAAUGGAUCCUGUUUACUUGAUAGGGGACCUAUAAAGACAAUCAGCUGCAUAGGAUUUUAUUUAGGAGUAUCAGAUUAACAGCGGUCUGAAUACAAAACACAUCUCCCUUUUCAGAUCGUUUUCCUUUCACUUCACAAUUUUGUACAAUUUUGUGUUGGCAUAUCGCAUAAAAUCCUAGUCAAAGACCUUGAAGUUUGGGGUUUUAAUGAAAAAAAUAAAAUCUUCAAGGGGGACGAAUACCUUUACAAGUCCCUUUAAGCUUAUAUAUUCCCACCUUUCAUAUUUUAUGUAGACCAGCUACAUUUCUGAAGAAAGUACAAUGUGAAGAAUUUACUGAGGCAGCAUCGCAUUCGAGGUAAACGUGCAGCUUAAAGCUGCUGCUGUGCGCCUAAAUGUGGCCCGUAUGGACUUUGAAGUACUCGGAUGUUGAUUUUUCAAUCAGAGAAAAGGAGGCUCAGCAUGCGGUGGAGAGCAGCAGCCCUCUUAAGAUGAAGCUGCGUGGUUUUUAUCGCCCGUCUGAGCUGCUGCUUCCAGAUGGCUGCAGAGAUGUAAUCACCUCAAAGAGAGGACAUUACAGCAGCCUGGAGCAGCUGCACGCUCUUCCUGGGAAUCCCUCCUUCAUGUGUCAGUAACUUGUUUAAUGUCCCUGCUCUUAUCAUUUCAUAGCUUUUUAAUUUUGGUAAAGUCUUGCUCUGGUGUGAGAAAUCAAUAUUCCUACAAUGAUGAUAAAAUGAAGUAGUGGAUUCACUUGUUACGUUCAUGCUAAAAAAAAAAAAAUAUUUGGGUUUGUGUCUGAAUUCUUUCCCUCCAGCUUUAACAAGUUGCCGGCCGGUGAGCUCCAGAGCCGCUCUCACCAACACGGACUCCAGCAUCACGCCUGUUCCCAGGUCAGCGAAGCUGAGCGCGGCGAGCCGUCCAGCCUGGUGCUAACAGCGCUGCUGAUCAAGAGCAUCUCGCUUCCUAUUAUUACUGCCACUUUUAAUGUUGAUCCAUUUGUACAGUGCAAAACCUAGAAGAUAUUUAUAUUGUUUCAACAUAAAGCUGCUCUACUGUGUUUCUUUUCUUUUCUGCUCCUUUGGUCAGUUGUACUGCGGUUUAUGCUUUGAAAUCAAAGCCAUUCGUAAAUCUCUACGUCUAGUUUAGUCCUCUUAAUACAACCGCAACUCUUUGCAGCAGCUGAUUGCAAAGUAUCUGCUUCAAAAAUAUAUAGUUGUUGCUUUAGUUUGAUAUUGCUGCAGUGUAAUAUUUUAACUAAAACAAAGUGAGAAAUGAUUUGAAUUGUUACUGUUUACACUCGGUUAUUGUUUGUGAUCUACUAAAUCAUUGUUUUGAGGAAAUAAACACACUAUGUCUU